AGGCAGGUCACCACACCAGGUCAGCAGAGAUAAGUUGGUCAGGCAUAUUCCCCAGGAGUGCAUUUUAGCGGUAGGUAUUCUUUGCAAUUUCUAACCUAAAUCCUAGAAUCCUGUUUGGUUCGCGAUCCCUCAUAUUCCGCAUGAUGGCCAGAUGUCGUCUAGCCCCUUCUCGCACUUUUCUCCUCCUCCUAUUGGUUCUUCCCUUCGCCGCAUUCCGAAGAGCUUCGGCGGUUCGAUUCACGCUAGACCGCUUCGAUUGCCUGUCGUACUACGUGCAUUACGUCGGCGACGACGUGCAUGGAAACUUCGUCGUCGUCAGUUCGCAAACGUGGGGGCGACUGGGAGUCUCUCGGCGUCGACAUCGUUGUAGAAGACCCCGACGGCUACCACGUGCACUCGGCGCAGGGCCAGACGGAGGGCGUGUUCUCGUUUGAGUCGAUGAGGGAGGGCGACUACAAGGUGUGCUUCACCAACAAGUCGCCCGUCAACGAGGAGAUCGUGUUUGACCUGCAUGUGGGGCACCACUUCACUGAAAAGGAGCUGGCCAAGGAAGAGCACGUGGAGCAAAACGAGGGACAAGGCAAAGAACCUGUACGAGCGGGUGAUGCUGCUGUCGCUGCAAUCCAGAUUCCGACACAAUCAGGCAGAGCGGCCUAAACGAAUUGGCUAAGACCACCACGUGGAGGCUUGUCUUCAAGACCGCCGUCCAAUCGGGAGCACUCAUUCUUUGCAGCUCCAAUCCAAGUCUAUCUGCUGCACCGACUCUUCGAGGAAGUUAGGCCGGUCAUUUGUUUGACUUGGUCGGUGCUACAACGGCCAUAUCUGUGCCCUGAGCAAGGGAAGGGAGGGAUCCAAGCUCUUUUCUCCAUGCAAACAACUUCAUGUCAUGUGUGCAAAACUUCAUGUCAUGUGUGCAAACAACUUCAUGUCAUGUGUGCAAACAACUUCAUGUCAUGUGUGCAAACAACUUCAUGUCAUGUGUGCUAACAACUUCAUUCAUGUGUGCA